ACAAACAGUAAACAACAGGUUUUUGUAACGAGUUCGGUUUUAUGCAAAAAUAUUUUAAUAUUUGGUUUUCCUUUAUUUAAUAACUUACAAUGGCACAUUUAGUUAAAUUCGUAAUUUGCUUCCUUGUAGUGCUCCAAGUAGUGCCUUACGUGUUGAGCAUAAAGUGUUGGGACUGCCGAUCCAGCAAUGAUCCUAAAUGUGCAGACCCAUUUGACAACAGUACAGUGCCAAUUACGGAUUGCAAUCAAGAGAAGGGCUUUCCGCACUUGCCGGGCGUGAGACCAACCAUGUGUCGCAAAAUAAGACAGAAAGUGAACGGAGUGUGGCGAUACUUCAGAGGUUGCGCAUACUUAGGCGAAGUCGGUAUCCAAGGAGACGAACGAUUUUGCCUGAUGAGAACUGGAACGUACAACAUCUUCAUCGAAUACUGCACAUGUAACAGUAAGGACGGAUGCAAUUCUUCCUCUUUGUUUAGUCCCAUGCCCGUGCUGUUGAUUUCAUUGCUGGCCGUAUCGUAUUUGUUCAAAUUAAUCUUAUAAGAAAAUUUGGACUAAAAAUAAGAAAAAUAGUUUUAAAAUUAUGAAGACAAAAAAUAAUACUUCAGCACAACUAGUAUUUCUAAAAAAAGGUAUACAAAGUUACAAACAUAAGACUUAUUGAAGUACUACCAGCAACUUAAACUUUAAAAUUAAGCCAAUAAUGCAUUUGUUAAAUGACGUUAAAACUACUAAAUGAAUCUCACAUCACAUUUCGUGAAAUAUGUUAAGUUUAAAGUUACUGAUUGAUAUGAUUGAGUUUUAAUUACUAUUUUAUCUUUGUGAUACCAUUUUAUUAUUAUUGUACUUAGCAGCCAGCCACUUGCACAAGAAUCUCACUUUUAAACUUUUUUUUUUCUAACUUAAACUUGUCACAAAGAUUUAAAAUAAUGCUUUUUGGUGAUGAUCACAAAUGUAGUGAAAUCCUUUUUCUGAUUUAAAAAAUACUUUAAGAAGAAAGAAGUAGGCUUACCUAUACUUUAUAACUACAAAAGUUAAGGUUCUGCUGAUCUGCUCUGAUCUUUGGUUGUAAGUAUAUUUUAUAAUUGUAGUAGUAUUUAUUUAUACACAGUUUCUAUUGCAUUUAUUUAUAGUGCUUAUGAUCAGUUAUAUGGUUACAUUGGUACUUGAUGAGAUGAGUCCAAAAAGUUUUUAUAAUGUGUAUUGUUUCAUUUAAUAUUAUGUAAUUAUGAAUUUUCUGUGUAAGUUAAUUAUGUGCAUUUCUUCUGAAGACCAAAA